AUGUUUCGUUCAGCAGCAGAAAUCUCAUCGGACUCAGAUUCCGACUCGGGUUCAGAAGCAAGUCAAAUCCAGGAAUCCGGGUCAUCAACUCCUCGACAUGCUACAGAGAAUCAAUCCCGCAGCCCGAAGAAGGACAAGACCAAGCAAGUUCCGAAAGACUCCGAUUCUACAGAUGCGGACUCUUCGAUCUCCUUCGGCGAUAGAUCAGCAGUACCACAAGAUCUGGCCGGUGUAAAUGUUGAUCAACAUGCAAAUAUCAUGACAGCCGCCCUCUUGGAAUUUUACUGCCAGAGUCGAGCAGCAGACAUUCUCAAUGCUCAACGUGGCUCAAAUAAGCCGUUCAGUCGACACAGCCCCGAGGCUCAGUAUCUUGGCAAGAAACUGUACAAAUUCAAAUCACAGUUCCUGUCGACUCACGGUAUCUUAGCCGACGGCAUUGACAGAGAGGAAAUGGGGUCAAGUAGGCAGAGUUAUCGGGAUAACCUCGACUUACUUAGUAUAUCUGCCCUCGAAGAGAUGAAUUUUCAUGAACCCAACGCACGUUCUCCCGCAAUUGGCUCCGGCGAGGACUUCGCCUUAAUCACAAAGCCUUCGACAAAGAGAUCCAGCGUUGAAGACGUGGAGAGUCCCACUCUAUUCCGACGGAACACCGAACCAAAUUCAUCGUUUAUGAAACAGCUUCCUGCUAAUAAAGUGGAUUUCCUUCCAACCGUUCCCCGGGGGCCAAUGAACCUCCCCAACCCUUCGAUUCCCCUAUUUGGAAGUUCGCCUGUAGGGGUUUCUUUUUUCAAUUCUCCAACAGCCCCGCCGUACAAUCAGCUGUCAAGAUAUUCUGUCGAAUUCCAGGAACUCAAGAUCUUGGGCCGCGGGUCCUUCGGCGAAGUGUACCACGUCACAAACCACAUUGACGGACAAGACUAUGCCGUCAAGAAAAUUCCCCUCAGUCAAAGACGACUUGAGCAGCUGCAAUUUGGUGGUCAAAAUCAGCUUGAAGUUAUCAUGAAGGAAAUUCGAACGCUUGCCCGCCUUGAGCAUACAAAUAUUGUUCGGUACUAUGGGGCAUGGGUCGAGCAGGCGCAUCACUCGCACCCGCCUCCAGCCGAAUACCACCCUUCUCACGCAGCAUAUGACAAGUCGCAAAACAACUUACCUUCUCCAGAUGCUCCAAACGAGUCAAGCAUGGGGAUUGUCUUCGGACAUUCUGAAAAUUCAAAUCCAGAGUCCCAGUCAAGCUCUCUGCCUGAAGACCAUAGCUUCACCGAGAGCAUUCGUCGCUGGGACAGCCACGCGACUUCCUCGUCUCGUCAUUCAAAGAAAAGUUCACGAAAGGGACUGGACGAGGAAGAUGAUGACAUUGAAUCCAUUCCCCGUACCUUCGACGGAAACACGUCUGUUGGCCAAACAUCCACUUUCGGGGAUACUGACGACAUCUUUACUGAUGGUCUGAGCCAAGAUCAGUCUAAACUCCAAGUUCAACCCCGUUGCCGGCCUGGUCAGCAACCCCCCGCGGUCAUUCUUCACAUCCAAAUGUCACUCCACCCUAUUUCGCUCGGCGCGUACCUCAACCCUCAGACCGCUCCGAAGUAUGAUGAAUGUUCACUCGCCAGGCGCCAUUGCUUCCACCUGCUGCCCUCACUGAAGCUCGUAAUGGACAUUGUUUCGGGCGUUGAGUACCUCCACUCAAAGGGAAUUGUGCAUCGUGACUUGAAGCCUGCAAAUAUCUUCCUGUGUGCACCAGAGAGCAGCACAGCAGACAUAUGUGUUGCGUGCAGCUCCGGCGAGGGUUCUCCCACCAAGUUCUGUCGUCCUCGCAUCGGGGAUUUUGGUCUUGUGGCAGACAUCUCCCACAUCAACGAGGCCUCACAGGGCACCAUGACACCAUACCGAGAGGGACCAAAUAUACAGCGGGUAGUUGGAACCGAAUUCUAUCGUCCUCCAGCCAAUCUAUCUGCGCCUCCAAGUGACCCGAGCUCGCCGGUGGAUUACUUUGACGAAUACAAGAUUGACGAAAAGCUCGAUGUUUACGCGCUUGGGGUCAUUCUCUUCGAGACUGUUUAUCGGUUGAACACAAAGAUGGAGAGACAAUUCGUCUUGAGUGAUCUGACUCGCGGAUCAGGCCAAGAUCCGUCCGAGCGCACCAUUUUCCCUGCAGAUUUCGCCGCCAAGGUCGAUUAUGGCUCGAUCGUGCUGGACGACGGAAUCUCAGUCGCGGAUUCUCUCAUGAAAUGUAUCAAAAGCAUGUUGGAACCCAAGUCGCAGCAGCGGUGGACCUGCCGGGAAGUCAAGGAGCAUUUGCGUGCGAUGAAGAAAGCCGUUCGCCGAUUCGAGGAAACGCAAAAAUAA